GAAAAGGAAUUGAAGAAAAAGAAGACUCAGCUAACUACACAAAAUGAUGUACAAGUUGUUGAGGCUAAAAUUGAAAUUGUAUGUGAUGUGACAAUGAAACCGGUCUUUGAACCAUUGCCGGAAGAAAUUAGCGAUCGUAAGUGUUUCUUACUUUUUUAUAAUUUUUUUCGUUAAAAUCUAAAUUUUUUAACAGCUCUAUGUUACUGAUAGGUCUACAAUAAGUUGUGAAGAAAAUCUCUUGCAAACAAAAGCUAUUACCGCUUGUAUCGCAUAUUAAAUUACCUCAUAUACUUGGAAGGGGAUCAAGCUAAGAUUUGCCAUGAAACAAUGUUUUAAUUGACCAUGGUAUAAAAUUAUCAGUGCGCGAGCUUGUCCCUUUCUUGCUUGCUUUUGUAUAUUUAUAUAGGUAUAGCAUUGAAAGUAAAAUAAAUUAUACGCAGAAAAGCAGCACAAAUUUAUUGCUUCAAAUCAUUUUUAUUUGUCAAUAUUAUAUUAAAAUUGAAAAAAAAAACUUAUUGUUCAUGUAUUCACGACUUGGUUUACACAAAAAAUGCACUCAUUUGGGCGAAAUAUCUCAAUGUCUUAAAAUUUGGCCUAUAUAAUCUUGAUUUAUAUGGCUCACGACAUGAGUAGACAUUCUAUCUGCAAUAAGAGAGCUGGAGCAAUGCGAAGGACAUUUGGUGCUAACACCCACCAUGCUUUUACCUCACCAUGCUUUUGCCUUACCUAAUGCUUCACUCAGUAACGAGCAUUAUGAUAUUAAUAACCAGCAUCGAUGGCGUAACGCGCUCUCCUAGGCACACAUUCCGAUUCUUAGUAGCCUAACCCAGCUGGCCUAUUCACUAACAGAUUACACUAGCGAAUAGGCUUAUUAACAACCUAUUAAAAUAAAUACCAAAUCAACCGAGAAAUGUCAUUUACCUACUAUAUGUUAUCCACGACAUUUGUUACGUAGAACCUCAAUUUCGUAUAUGUCAACGAAUAUACGUCAAAGUUAGUGAAUUAGCCCGCAGGAUUCAAACACUAAAAAAACGCCAGUUUUGUCUCUGGUUUUACUUCAAAAAUUGUCUAAUGAAAAUUAAAAUAGACAAAGAACUUUGACCCAAAGGUUUAUGGUUUAAUCAAACGCCGAGGAAAUGUUUAAACAAGCACGUCAUCUAUCUCUUCAAAUAAUAUAGAAGUCGAAGGGCCUGCUAGUUUGAAUAUACUCUAAAAAACCCGUUUAUAAUAUUAAUUAUAGACGUCAUCGGUCAUACUUCUAUUUAAGGUAAAGCAGGAGCAUUAAGAAUAAGGGUAGGUAAAUGCAGUGGGUACGUAAUAAGACUCUUUGCUAAACUUUCCGUGACAGUGCUUUUUUCAGUUUAUAAUAGAGCUUAAAGUUUUUUUAAGUUUCAAGUUUAUCUUCUAUCUAAUUUUGUCGUACAGUUGUUCCAAGCCCAGCAUCCGGCGUGGUGAAGAUGGAGAAGGGACCUGAGUUGGAUGUAUCUGAUAAAAAAAGUGGAAAAGACGAGCCAUCUCCGAGUACCACACCUACUCCAUUAACAUUUGUUACCAGCAAACCGAAUUCAAAUCAAAUAUCUGAUGGAUUCACUUGUGUUAUAUCAAUGCAAGAUGGAAUAGUGAUGUAUACCACGGCAUCUGUCACCACAGCUCUUGGUUAUCCUAAAGAUAUGUGGAUUGGGCGGUCUUUUAUGGAUUUUUUGCAUCAGCGGGAUCGCAAUACUUUUGCAUCCCAAAUAUCCAGUGGAUUAGUAGUUGUAGCCGCUCCUAAACAACAGGUUGACGGUACGAAAGGAAAAGCUACUCCUUUCGGCGAACUCAUGUCGACAAUGGUCUGCCGUAUACGACGGUAUAAAGGAUUGAGUACUGGAUUUGCAACCAAAGAUAGAGUCGUCACUUUCAUGCCGUUCCAGUUGAAGUUUUACUUCAAACGUAUGUCCGAAGACGAUGGGCAAGUGACUUACUUGGUUAUUGAGGGGUCACCAUUUUUUUCUGCUUUUAAAACACCCAACGAGAUUAUUACUGAUCCAACACCAUUCGUUAUGAAGCACACAGCUAGUGGAAAGUUAGAUUAUAUUGAUCCAGAGAGCGUGCCGUAUCUCGGAUACUUGCCGCAGGAUAUUUUAAACAAAGAUGCGUUGCAACUCUUCUACCCCAGUGAUCUAAUGUAUUUGCACCAAAUUCAUGAAACCAUUGUGAAAGAGGGAGGAGUACAACGGUCCAAACCAUACAGAAUGUUGGCGCAAAAUGGCGAUUUCUUGAAGUUGGAGACAGAAUGGUCUUCUUUUAUUAAUCCAUGGUCAAGGAAACUAGAGUUCGUAAUUGGAAAACAUUUUGUCAUUGAGGGUCCAAAAAAUCCUGAUGUAUUCCAAACGCCGGAGGCUGAGAAGGCUACCAAAGUGUCUAAGGAGGAAGAAACCAAGGCACUAGCCAUAAAAGAAAGCAUAAUCAGAAUUAUGAAUGAGGUGUUGACAAAACCUGCGGAAAUGGCGAAGCAGCAUAUGACUAAACGCUGCCAGGAGUUAGCUUCCUUUAUGGAAAGCUUAUUGGAUGAAACACCGAAAACCGAAGAAGAACUCCGUCUAGAAAUACAAGAUACAGAUCACAGUUAUUUCGAGCGUGAUUCGGUAAUGUUAGGUGGUAUUUCACCGCAUCAUGAUAAUAAUGACAGUAAUACAAGCACUGAGACACCGUUGACAUAUAACCAACUUAAUUACAACGAAAAUCUUCAAAGAUUUUUCGAUAGUCAUGAGGCUUAUACGGAUGAAGACAAAAAUUCUUUAGCCGUUUGUGAACAUUUGAAAACAAAGGAUAUCGAAACUCCUGAACCGGAUACAAGUUUCAGUAAAAAUUUUUUGUCAAUGGUUAACAGCUCCGGAGAAUUCGACGAAAUGGCGAGCACUUCCGACUCAAGUACUGCCGCAGUUGCCAGCUCUAACAAUGCAUGCAGUUCAAACGGCUUCCAAGCCUUGAGACUCACGGAGUCCCUUCUCAACAAGCAUAAUGUUGAAAUGGAAAAAGAACUACUGAAACUGCACCGCGAAACUCGUUCAAGCAAGAGCGAUAGAGAAAAAGCUUCAAAUGAAAGUAGACUGAAAAAGAAAGAACAUCUAGCACGUUGCAACGCCUUUUUUAUGCCUACCAGCGCUGCAAGUGAAUUUAAGCCUCAAGGGGUCAAACGAUCCUCGAAGAAUACAGAUGAUUGGGGCACAAAUAAACAUCGGUGCUCUUCCGCGAGGACUACCCGUCGCAGAUUUACCGAACCACCAAACAAUCCUCCAUUAUCAGCUACCUAUAACGUACCCUCACCUUGGCCAUCACAUCCUGUCAACAACCUUAUGAACCCAUAUGUUGGUAUGGGCAAUCCAACACAGAUGUCUGCAAUGAACCCUAUAGGAAUGCAGGGUCCCGUACCAAUGUAUUAUAUUCCAGCAGCGCCCUAUCAAAUGGCACCUAAAUCUGAGGCAGGUCCCAGUGCGUCCCAGGCACAAUACCAAAGACAUUCUGAUAUGAAUGGUUUCUCUAUACCGUACAUGGGUCACCAACAAAAUAUGAACCCAGCUGGUCGCUCUUCAAGAACUGAAACAGCCAAUGCUAAUAUGAAUAUGCAACCCAAUGUAUAUUCCCCAAUGCAAUGUAUGAUGUUCGGUCCCCCAGUCUUCGCGUCGCCAUUUAUGUAUCCUCAAUAUGAUUCGCCAAUGGCAUACACAAUACCACAAAACUUUGGACAGCAUCAAAUACCGAAUACCCAGACAAUGGGGACAUUGGGGUUGUCUAGUAAUAACUAUGAAGAGGCUUGUAAACUUACUAUACCAAUGAAGUAUGUCCAAUCGUGUAACGGACAUGGGAGGCGAGAGAAGAAUGUCGAAUGCCGAGCAAAUAAUGGUGUCCAUGGGCGUGACAUCAGUUCAUCGUUUGCCGGCGCCUCGAAUCGGAACAACGAUGCUAAUGACGAACGGAACAAGAGAAAGCUGCGGUUUGACAAUAGCGAUGGUACCAAUGAAAAGACUGAUGGAGAGUCAAGUUACUCAUCCUUCUAUUCAUCAUUUUUUAAGACUGAUUCUGGUAGUAAUGAAGAAAGCGACUCAAAAUCACGUCCCGUCAAAGAGGGCACUAAGGCUUCUAACAAGUACAAAAUAUUGUCAUCCAAAACUCCGACCAUUCCUUCAACCUAUGUACCUAACGAUAGAAAAGUGGCUCGUCGUAAAAUGGAACCACCAUGGAUGGAACAAGUGCAUGUUACUUCUGAGCUUAUAUACAAAUAUCAAAUUGCAAAUAAAGACAGCCAAGAGGUCUUGUCCAACGAUAAAGAGAAGUUGAAAACUUUGGAACAAUCCCCGUUAGUGUGUGAGCAACUUAGUCAACUGUAUUUGGAUUUGCAACUGCAAGGUGUUGCAGCAAGACUUACUUUGGAAGAUGGGAUCACCAGCUCGAGCAGCUCCGGAGAAGACACUCCGAACCAUCCCAAACCCUCCACCAGCAAGGCUCGUCGACGCAAGCGCGGAUAUAGCUGGCUGGCGAUGAUAUAUGAGGAAGAUGCCCCUAUGCCGCCGCCUGAAGAAAAUAGUAGUUCAUCUUAAUAUUGGUCUCAUAGUCUACUCAGCGCACACUGGUCAGCAUACUUUAGCUUUAUUAUAGCCAACUAUGGCACUAAACUACUUACCUCUACGCCAAUAGUGUCCAUAAUGUUAUUAGAUAUAGGUAUCGCAAAUAAUUUUAAUUUAACUUCAAUUGAUUUUAUUGAUCAAGUGAGUUUUUUUUUGUUUUACGAUAAUAAUAAUAGUAUGAGGUCAACCAAGUUUUGCUCGGUUUUUAAAAUAAGAAGGAGAGUUGAUGAGUUACAGCAUCAAGAUGGUCUCAUAUUAAAUAGGUAACGCUAACUCCAAUUAAAAAGAUUUUUAUGCAAACCUCCGAAGAACAUAAAAAAAUCUAGAGAUUGCGUUACAAAAUUUAAUGUAAAAAAGUGUAUUGAAUAUCGUUUAAGUGUGUAACAAAUCUUUUUCCUUGUUGUUGUUUCUUAGAAAGACAUCUACUUGUACUUAUAGAUUCAAAAAGCAAAACCUAAAUAUAAAAUUUCAUCCAAUUCUGUAUACACUUACCAGUUAUACGAAAACGAACCGCUUUAUGAAAUACUUGUAAUAGUGGUUGCUGAGUGGUUGAAAGUAGCAUUUUUUGUUUAAAUUUUAAGUUUAAACGUUAUUAAGGUACUAUAGUAAAAGACUAACAAAUAUCGAUAUUUUGAAUCCUUUUCAAACAAUAUAACAUAAAUAAAUAAAUCCAAACAUAAAGACUGAUAUAAAAAUUCCUUUUCAUAUAAAUAUGUAUUUUUAUUGAAACGAAAAGGCAAACGUAAUAAAACUAUAUUUUAUAUAUAUGUACAUAUACAAACACAAUAUAUACAUAGACUCCGUCAAAGAUAUAGAUUAAAGGAAAGUCAUAUUAAAAGUGAAUAACAUCUGCGUUUGCGAACAAUGUAUGGUAGUGUUAGUUAGGUAUGUUUUUUAUUAAUUUAAUAUAUUUCUUAUGCAUUAAGUACUUUCUCAUAUUAACUUUAAAUGUGCCAUUAAAAUAGAUAUCUGGAUACUUUUAUCAUAUACUACAGUUAGUUUCAUGUAGGAUGGUGCGGUUGACAGUUCGUUUCACUCUUGCGUAGUUCUCGUUUCGGUAAGAAAAUGAAUAAUAUCAUCAUCAUCAUUAUCAACCCAUGUUCGGCUCACUGUUGAGCACGAGUUUUUUCUCAGAAUGAGAGGGUUUAGGAUUAGUCCACCACGCUAGCCAAAUGCGGAUUGGCAGACUUCACACACGUAGACAAUUAGAAAAAUUCUUAGGUAUUAUGAUAAUGUUUUGAUACACGUAAUAUUUUCAAAUGCACAUAACUAAAUGCCAAAUUCGAACCUAUGCCCUCUGAAUCGACGGCGGAGGUCAUUCACUAGACUAUCACGGUCUAUAUAAUAUUAUAUAAUAUAUUAUAGGGAAUAAUAUAAUUAUGUUGCUCGGUGAAUUUUAGCUUUUGUUGGUAAAGUAAUUUCGGUAUAUACUCGUAUCAACAUCGGUUCAGUUUAUUCAGAGAUUACUCCCUACGACCCCCGGCGAACUUUGUGUGUUAAACAUUAUUAUAAAUGUGUAAUUUAUAAUAAUGGAAAAAUGCAAAUACUAUUUUACGGAAUUGCAUGUCUGAAAAUAAUCGUAAAUAUAUAGCUAAGGACCAGCUUCAACGCGCCUUAAAAACCGACUUCGCAUCGGUUCAUUUUUUGGAAGGAAUGAAUGAAUUUGUGCAUUAGCUCUACUGCUACUAAAAUAAGUAUUAUACGUCAUAUUUUAUAGGAUAAAGGGCAUGUCUCAAAAUGGGCCUUUAUAAUAAACAAUUUGCAAGUGGCUUUAUAGUAUUUUUACGCAUAGGAUGCACAAAUUGUUGCUUAUAAAACAGCUUUGUGAAACUUCGAAACCACCAAAAAAAAAAAAAAUUUAAUACAAAAACAUUGUUUAUUUUUCACUUGUCUUCAAAUUAACCAUAGACAGGUAAUUAUGUUCAAAACAGACAAUUUAAAUUAUUGAUAUUGAAUUCAAAACUGGUGUAAGUUGUCAAUGUCAAAUAAAAUUUACAACGCCAAAAGUAUUGCCGCGCUAAAUCUACCGGGUAUACGUAUGUCCCACGGGCGUUCAAGGGUCGAACGAUUACCGGGCAUACGUAAGUCCCGGGGCGUUAAAGGGUCAAUCGAUACCGGGACCAAUGCGUCCCAUGGGCGUUUCAGUGGUUAAACGAGCGCGACUACACGAAGAUCACUGACAGUCUGUCAGGGCGUGAGUCACGAGCAUUUUGUCAUGAUAAAAUGUCAUAAUGUUUUCUGCUAAUGAAAAAAAAAAAAAUUAUUAAUUAUUCAAAAAUUGCGGUAUCCAAAAAAAAAGUGAUUUUAUGUUUUAAUGCCUAAAUUUCAUGUUCUCUAAGAUAAAAUUAAUUUGGUGCUGCUUGCAUGACAGUCGAAAUAAAGGCCCAGUCAUAAAAUCUGGGACAUGUCUUUCACUCUUUGUGUGUUCGUGUUUGUCGUUGUCUUGAGUAUUAAAAUAUUUCUAUUUUUAACCAUCUUCAAAAAGGAGGAGGUUCUCAAUUCAGUCGGUAUUUUUUUUUAAGUAUGUACACCUUAUUACUCGUUAUGUCUUUGUGUGUUCGUGUUUGUCGUUGUCUUGAGUAUUAAAAUGUUUCUAUUUUUAUUACCUACUCUAGUUGCUAGUGAUAAAAUAUUAAUCUGAUUUUCUAUUAAGUGUUAGAUAGUAGAUAGUGUUAGGAUUUAUUUUAUAGUAUUAUGAUUCUAAGUACAAAUAAUAAAGGAUCAAAUAGAUAAUAACUAUAAUAAAAAUCAAUAUUGUGAUCAAAACAUUUUACCUGUAGGUAUUAAAUGAAAACAAAAUGUGAGAUCUAGUCUUUGUGGGCGAAUCAUUUUUAAACCAUACAAUACUUUAGGUUCGUAAUAACGCAAAUACAAAGUGUCUAACUCUUCUUUUCUAGUAGAUAACAGAAGCGAAGAGUUAAAAACUUUGUAUUAUUUAACUAACAUAAAAAGUAGGAUCUGAUGCACACUCAGAUUCAAAUUUUAUAAGACUUUAUUAUAUAUCUUUGUGAGACUGUUACACCAAAUUACUACAUACAAUUUGUAUUAAGCUUCAACUAACGCUUGGCAAAUUCGUUCGUAACACUCCUGAUGGUUCGCGAGGGCCAGAAGGGCGACGCACGACUUCACACCCGCGCAGUCCUUCCCCCACCGUCGCCCGCAUAUCAUGGGAUUGUCAUCCACGAAUUUGCCAAGCUAUAGUUGCUACACAACAUUCAGUUUUACACAGAAGGUCAGCUAACUUUACUGCUUCAGUAUCGUAUAUAUUAGUAAUAUAUUUACUAACAAAGGAUGAAAUGGCAUGAGCCGCCUAUCGUAGCACUAUUCUUUUUCGAUUGUAUAAUUGACUCCUUAAUGAGACCUUAGUGACUUCACCGGAGGUUAGGGCGUUGUUUAUGUAUGGUCGACAGUAAGAAUAUCGACUUCUUUCACACUUAUAUAGAGGUAAAGUUUGUAACAAUUCUUUGUAAGGGGUAAUCUUCGGUUUAAAAUCGGACCAGUAGGGUCCGAUUUUAAAAAUUAUUUCUAUUGGUAAAAGAAUUUUCCAAAUCGAUCCAAUAGAUCCAGAGAUUACCCCCGACAACCACACAAAAUUUAUCUCUUUAUAAUAUUAAUAUAGAAGUCGCUUGGGAAAUUGCCCUUUGGUUAUCGCACCACGCUCAAAGGGCUGGACCGAUUUUGCUGAAGGUAGGGGUAGGAGUAGGGUAGGGAUAGCAUAAGGGUAGGGUAGGGGUAGAAUAGGGGUAAGGUAGGGAAGGUAGGGUACAAAUAAGGUAGGGAAGGUAGGGUACAAAUAAGGUAGGGGUAGGGUAGGGCAGGGUAGAGGUAGCGGAAUGACAGGGACAGUAUAGAGUACCGUAGGGUUAGGGAAGGGAUAGGAUAGGGGUAGGGUAGGGUAGGGGUAAGGUAGGGGUAGGGAAGAGUUAGGGCUAGCCGUAGGGUAGAAGUAAGGUAGAGGUAGGUAUGGGUAGAGUAGGGGUAGGAUUUGGGUAGGGUAGGAUAGGGUAGGGAUAGGGUACAGGUAGGGUUAGGGUAGAGGUAAGGUGGAGGUAGGUAGGUUUAGCGUUAGCGGUAGGGUAGGAACAAAGUAGGGGUAGGGUAGGGUAGGGUUGGGUAGGUUUACGAGCAGGGUAAGGUAGAAGUAGGGAAGUUUACAUCAAAUUUUACGUGGCCGAAGUCGCAAGCGUCCGCUAGUUUUCUUGUAUAAUUAUUAUAUCUAAUUAUAAUGUUGUUGUAGAUAGAUAGAGACAAAUUCGAGAGACAAUGACUUAAAGAAUAUUGUUACAGAAUACUGUAGACAAUGAUUAAUAUAAGUAAGAGAUUAUAGCUGGUUCUAUCUCUAGCCAACUGUGGUGGUAUGAUUGGGUGAGAAGCAAAUUCAGCUCGACUAAGAGCAGAGGGAGUCCUACGCUUCAUAGAGCCUAGUUUGCUUCCUUUUCACCAUUGAAUUCAAUAGGUUAGUUGACACUUUAUUUAAAGGGUCUUAAAUUGUUCAUUAUUGUAGAUAUUAUUAAAAGAAAUAUUAUAUUUUAUUGAGACAUGAAUACAUAAAAAUUAAAAAUUUUAAAUACUUUUUGAAAAUACGAGCCAAGACGCUGUCGGCCAUGAUGGUCUAUAUUUUAAAUGUUUCAUGACGUCAUGAAACAUUUAAAAUAUAGAUAGUAGGAUAGGGGUAGGGUAGGAUAGGGUACAAGUAGGGUUAGGGUAGGGGUUAGGUGGAGGUAGGGUUGGGCUAGUGUUAGCGGUAGGGUAGGAACAAUGUAGGGGUAGAGUAGGGUUGGGUAGGUUUACGAGCAGGGUAAGGUAGAGGUAGGGAAGUUUACAUCAAAUUUUACGCGGCCGAAGUCGCAGGCGUCCGCUAGUGUUUUUAUAUAAUUAUUAUAUCUAAUUAUAAUGUUGUUGUAGAUAGAUAGAGACAAAUUCGAGAGACAAUGAGUUAAAAAAUAUUGUUACAGAAUACUGUAGACAAUGAUUAAUAUAAGUAAGAGAUUAUAGCUGGUUCUAUCUCUAGCCAACUGUGGUGGUUUGAUUGGGUGAGAAGCAAAUUCAGCUCGACUAAGAGCAGAGGGAGUCCUACGCUUCAUAGAGCCUAGUUUGCUUCCUUUUCACCAUUGAAUUGAAUAGGUUAGUUGACACUUUAUUUAAAGGGUCUUAAAUUGUUCAUUAUUGUAGGUAUUAUUAAAAAAAUAUUAUAUUUUAUUGAGACAUGAAUACAUAAAAAUUAAAAUUUUCAAAUACUUUUUGAAAAUACGAUCCAAGACGCUGUCGGCCAUGAUGGUCUAUAUUUUAAAUGUUUCAUGAGGUCAUAAAACAUUUAAAAUAUAGAUAGUAGGAUAGAGGUAGGGUAGGAUAGGGUAGGGAUAGGGUACAGGUAGGGUUAGGGUAGGGGUAAGGUGGAGGUAGGGUAGGGUUAGCGUUAGCGGUAGGGUAGGAACAAUGUAGGGGUAGGGUAGGGUAGGGUUGGGUCGGUUUACGAGCAGGGUAAGGUAGAGGUAGGGAAGUUUACAUCAAAUUUUACGCGGCCGAAGUCGCAGGCGUCCGCUAGUGUUUUUAUAUAAUUAUUAUAUCUAAUUAUAAUGUUGUUGUAGAUAAAUAGAGACAAAUUCGAGAGACAAUGAGUUAAAAAAUAUUGUUACAGAAUACUGUAGACAAUGAUUAAUAUAAGUAAGAGAUUAUAGCUGGUUCUAUCUCUAGCCAACUGUGGUGGUUUGAUUGGGUGAGAAGCAAAUUCAGCUCGACUAAGAGCAGAGGGAGUCCUACGCUUCAUAGAGCCUAGUUUGCUUCCUUUUCACCAUUGAAUUGAAUAGGUUAGUUGACACUUUAUUUAAAGGGUCUUAAAUUGUUCAUUAUUGUAGGUAUUAUUAAAAAAAUAUUAUAUUUUAUUGAGACAUGAAUACAUAAAAAUUAAAAUUUUCAAAUACUUUUUGAAAAUACGAUCCAAGACGCUGUCGGCCAUGAUGGUCUAUAUUUUAAAUGUUUCAUGAGGUCAUGAAACAUUUAAAAUAUAGAUAGUAGGAUAGAGGUAGGGUAGGAUAGGGUAGGGAUAGGGUACAGGUAGGGUUAGGGUAGGGGUAAGGUGGAGGUAGGGUAGGGCUAGUGUUAGCGGUAGGGUAGGAACAAUGUAGGGGUAGAGUAGGGUUGGGUAGGUUUACGAGCAGGGUAAGGUAGAGGUAGGGAAGUUUACAUCAAAUUUUACGCGGCCGAAGUCGCGGGCGUCCGCUAGUGUUCUUAUAUAAUUAUUAUAUCUAAUUAUAAUGUUGUUGUAGAUAGAUAGAGACUAAUUUGAGAGACAAUGAGUUAAAAAAUAUUGUUACAGAAUACUGUAGACAAUGAUUAAUAUAAGUAAGAGAUUAUAGCUGGUUCUAUCUCUAGCCAACUGUGGUGGUUUGAUUGGGUGAGAAGCAAAUUCAGCUCGACUAAGAGCAGAGGGAGUCCUACGCUUCAUAGAGCCUAGUUUGCUUCCUUUUCACCAUUGAAUUGAAUAGGUUAGUUGACACUUUAUUUAAAGGGUCUUAAAUUGUUCAUUAUUGUAGGUAUUAUUAAAAAAAUAUUAUAUUUUAUUGAGACAUGAAUACAUAAAAAUUUAAAUUUUCAAAUACUUUUUGAAAAUACGAGCCAAGACGCUGUCGGCCAUGAUGGUCUAUAUUUUAAAUGUUUUGACGUGUGAAUGACGUCACGUAAACACUUAACUUUACGCAAUCGGAGUGUUCAACAAAAUUAUUAGAUAAUAAUUAGUUUGAUGUUUUGGGGAACACCAUGACGUCACAAAAUGGACGACAGAGUUUCUUAUGUUUACAAUUUUUAAAUUAAGUUUUUUUAUGUAAUCCUUAACUUUUACUAAUUGAUAUCGAUAUAUUUCGGACCUUAUUCCUUAAACUACACGGAACUAAUAUUGUUUAUAUUAAAUUGGGUAUGAGUCAACUAUCCCAUUGUGAAAGAAAACGAUGCCAUUAUUAAUUAGUUAGCAUAAAUUAGUGGUACCUUCAAUAAGUAUAAAAGCUAGUUGUCAAGGCACAAAGAGGGUUGGAAUGAGUGUGAUUCAGGGCUUCAGCGCUUUUCGGUGUUUUUAUAACUCGACAAUGUAUGUGUGGAAUUUGUCUAUCGAAAACAGCUCACAGUGUCGAGUUACAGCAUAGCGCUAUCAGUGUGCCUAGUGUGAGUUUUCCUAGUAAUAUUUUCAUACUGUUACUAUCGCGUUAACGUAAACGCGAAUUUAUAUGGAAUUAAAACAGUUGUGCAGUAGUGCCACUAGAUGGCGCUGUUUUAAUUCCUUAGAAAUUCACGUUUACGUUAACGCUAUCGUCACAGUAUCAUACUGCCACUAGGCCCUCUGUAGCGCUAUACUGUACCUCGACUCUAGCCUAACAUCUCAACUACCCAACUACUCUUAGAGGUCUCAAAUUCAGGAAGUAAAAGAAGGUAUCGUGUUGAGUAUCAUGGAUACUUACGAAUAAUUUUACCUACUCAUACAUAUCUGGUAUACAGAUACAUUAUAUAAUAAUUAUGUUAGCCGUUGCCUGUGAGUUGUUAUUAUCAAAAAGUAUUAAAGCUCCAUAAUCAAAAAUAUUUAUACCUUAAAUUGAGUAUAUAAAGAGUAAUAAAUUGACUUUGCCAAGUGCAUGCGAAAUAAAAAAAAUACAAGAUCUAGUUUUAACUGCUUGUGCAAAAAAAAAAACUAAAACCGGACUUUAUUUAUUACUCUUUAAAUAUUCGUUUUAAAGUAAUUCUAAGUGUAGAUUACUGGAUAUUUUUUAUAAAAAAAGAACCUCAAGGUUUUUUUUUGAAAAAUAUAAUUUUGUAGUAUUUGCUAUAUUAAUUAAUAAGGUACUGUUAAAUAUACAUUUUACAAUGUCAUUGUAAAAAUAUUUAUACCUUAAAAAUAUUUAUACCUUAAAUUGAGUAUAUAAAGAGUAAUAAAUUGACUUUGCCAAGUGCAUGCGAAAUAAAAAAAAUAUAAGAUCUACUUUUAACUGCUUGUGCAAAAAAAAAACUAAAACCGGACUUUAUUUAUUACUCUUUAAAUAUUCAUUUUAAAGUCAUUCUGAGUGUAAAUUACUGGAUAUUUUUUUAUAAAAAAGAACCUCAAGGUAUAUUUUUUGAAAAAUAUAAUUUUGUAGUAUUUGCUGUAUUAAUUAAUAAUGUACUGUUAAAUAUACACUUUACAAUGUCAUUGUAAAAAUAUUUUGCUCAAAAAUAUUUAUACAUUAAAUUGAGUAUAUAAAGAGUAAUAAAUUGACUUUGCCAAGUGCAUGCAAAAUAAAAAAAUAUUAGAUCUAGUUUUAACUGCUUGUGCAAAAAAAAAAAAAAAAAACUAAAACCGGACUUUAUUUAUUACUCUUUAAAUAUUCAUUUUAAAGUCAUUCUGAGUGUAAAUUACUGGAUAUUUUUUAUAAAAAUGAACCUCAAGGUAUAUUUUUUGAAAAAUAUAAUUUUGUAGUAUUUGCUAUAUUAAUUAAUAAGGUACUAUUAAAUAUACAUUUUACAAUGUCAUUGUGCUCGGUUAGAUGUAAUUGUGAAUGUGUAUAAGUUUUGCUUUUUGCUCAUUUAUAUUUUUGGUAGUUAUGUCAAUUAAGUAUUGCUUCGAUGAUGAAUAACUUGAAUCUAUUGAAGUCAAAUGUUAGUUUAUUAUUUUAUAAACUAAAUGUUAAUUUUUUACAGCUUGUCCAAUUAUAAUUGCUAAGGUAAUUCACUGAUAUUGUGAAUUUUUUAAUAAAUAAUUUAAAUAUUU